AUGCAAAUCAUAAACAUGCUGGAUAACGGUGAAACAAUGACAGAUGUUGCUUUGCAUUACGGCAUUGGACGUUCUACAAUUUACGACAUAAAGUUAAGGCGUACUAAAAUAAUGGCGAACGUGAAUAAUAUUUCCGAGAAUCGGAGGACUUUGAAGCUCGGACAACAUCCGGAAUUGGAUGCGGCGUUGUAUAAUUGGUUUUUAGAGCAACGUGCUAUGGAUAUUGUUGUUAAUGGUGACAAAUUGAAAGAAAUGGCUAAAGAGAUAUAUAAACGUAUAGCGCAACGGGACUUUAAAGCGAGUAGCGGAUGGUUAGAUAAGUUUAAAAAGAGAUAUGGUAUCAAAUUUAACACUUCUGGCACCGCUGGUGAAAAAGCUUCCUUCCAAUCUCAUGACGAAAAUGUGAUUGUUAACUUUGUUAAAUCUUUCAAAGAAAAGGUACAACAACUGGGCCUAAUUCCAGACCAACUGUACUGUAUUGAUGCCAGCAGCGUAUCGACGAAAAUUUUAACUGAUGCUGCUCAUAGAAUGGAAGACAAUGAAGAGAAAACAAUAAACACAGACAAAAUAACAAUUAUGCCCUGUUCAAACGCCACUGGCACUCACAAAUUUAACUUAUUUGUAUGCAGUAAAGAAUCUCUUAAUAAAGAUUUAACACAUUUAUCAUCAAUGUGUUAUUAUAAACAACAAACUAACGCUUGGAUUACCAGAGAUAUAUUUACUGAAUGGUUUCACGACGAAUUUGUACCAACGGUAAGGUCUUUCAUGACCAUGAAUAACUUACCGGAGAAGGCUCUUUUGAUUUUGGACGAAGCACCAGGUUACCCUGAAGAAUAUCAUUUGAAAUCCAACGAUUGGAUGAUUAAUGCCUUUUUCCUACCACCUGAAUGUUCCCAUUUGAUACAACCUAUGAACCACGACCUUAUACAAACUAUAAAGAGUACUUUUAAGAAGAAAAUCUUACUAAACGUUUUAUCGAAGGACGAUGGUGUAAAAAAGAGCCUUCAAGGCAUGAAUAUAACAGAUUUAUUGUAUGUUUUAGCGGAAGCUUGGAAUUCUUGCUCUCCGAAUAUAAUUAGAAGUUCAUGGAAGAAGCUCUGUCCAAACUUAGAGAUAUCUGAAGAGAUUGAUAGUACUAUUAGUAUAGAACAAUUGUUACUAGCGUUGAGAGAUUCAGGAAUUGACGAAAACGGACUUAGGGAUUGGUUGAUCGGGAAGACGGAAGAAAUUCAUGACGUUUUCGAUGAUGAUAUUGGUGAUGUGAAUUUUACUAAAGUUAAGCCAGAAGAUCCAUUGGAGGCGCUUCCCCUUGAUAUUGACGUUUGUGAACAUGGAGUCGUAAAAUCAGAAGACAUUUAAAUAACUUUGGUAAUUUGGUAAACCAGGACAGUCUUUUUUUUUUCUUAUAAGAAGAGAUCGGUUUAUGUUGAGUAUAUUUACCAAAACUUUAUGGCAUUAUAUACAUAUACAUAGAGU